AUCUCUCUCUUUCUCUCUCUGCCACACACAUCACACCCAACAGUCUCAGCAUUGUAGCAGCAACUGCACCACUGUUUCAUCUCUGCUCCUUGCUUCACCUCAUCAAAAGGGCCCCCUAAAAAAAUUAGAGGGUUGUAAUAGUAAAUACUAGUAGUAAAUAAAGAGGAAAAAAAGGGAUAAAAAUCCAAUUUUUAUAUGAAUCACAAUGAAAGUUUGGUUUUUUAUUAUCCCAAAAUACCCAUUUAUCUAAAGUGAAAGAAAUAAAGAAACCCAAAAAAGAAACAAAAGGGAAUUCAGCUGAGAGAGUGAUAGCUCAGUGGUGGAAGAGAGAGAGAGAGUUUUAGAGAGAGAGAGAAAGAGGGUCACAACUCACAACUCACAGCUUCUUUUAGCAAUGCCAAAGUUACUCAUAAACACAUCACACUCUCUGAAAAUAUGCAGUCAUGAAAUCAUUCAUUGAAAAAAUCACUUAUUAACAUUGCAAGAAAAGCACUUUUGUGUUUUGUGUUAUGGGGUUAAUCGAUCUCAACACUACAGAAGAUGAUGAAACUCCUUAUUCUGCUAUUUCUUCUUCCUCUUCUUCUACUCACUCUGGUAUAAGCACUUCUGCUUCAGCUAUGGUUCUUCCUCCUCCGACUCCUCCUUCUCCUCCGACUCAGCCUUCUGUUUGUUUGGAGCUAUGGCAUGCUUGUGCUGGUCCUUUGAUCUCUUUGCCCAAGAAAGGAAGCAUUGUUGUGUAUGUUCCACAGGGUCACUUUGAACAGGCUCAUGAUUUUCCUGUUUCUGCUUCUAGUAUUCCACCUCAUGUUUUCUGUCGUGUUCUUGAUGUUAAGCUCCAUGCAGAGGAAGGGAGUGAUGAAGUCUAUUGCCAAGUCUUGUUGGUUCCUGAAAAUCAGCAAGUGGAGCAAAAUGUUCGGGAAGGGGUAAUCGAUGCGGAUGCGGAAGAGGAGGAUACUGAAGCUAUUGUGAAGUCAACAACUCCCCAUAUGUUCUGCAAGACUCUCACAGCUUCUGACACUAGCACUCAUGGAGGAUUCUCGGUGCCUCGUCGAGCAGCCGAAGAUUGCUUUCCUCCCCUGGAUUACAGCCAGCAGAGACCUUCUCAAGAGCUUGUAGCUAAGGAUCUGCAUGGCCUGGAGUGGAGGUUUCGGCACAUUUACAGGGGGCAGCCAAGGAGGCAUUUGCUGACAACUGGGUGGAGUGCAUUUGUGAACAAGAAGAAGCUUGUGUCUGGGGAUGCUGUGUUGUUUCUUAGGGGUGAUGAUGGAGAACUGAGAUUAGGGAUCCGAAGGGCUGUUCAGUUGAAAAGUUCUGGUUCCUUUGCAGCUUCUGGCAUGCAAUUGGAUCCGGGCUCUCUCAUGGACGUUGUGAAUGCCUUAUCCAAAAGAUCUGCGUUCAGUGUUUGCUACAAUCCAAGGGUCAGUUCUUCAGAUUUCAUCAUACCUGUUAACAAGUUCGUAAAGAGCCUUGAUUGUUCUUACUCUGCUGGAAUGAGGUUCAGGAUGCGUUUUGAAACUGAAGAUGCUGCAGAACGAAGAUUCACUGGAUUAAUUGCUGGAAUAAGUGAUGUGGAUCCUCAUAGAUGGCCUGGAUCUAAAUGGAAAUGCCUAUUGGUGAGGUGGGAUGACAUAGAAGCAUCAAGGCAUAAUAGGGUUUCCCCUUGGGAAAUCGAGCCAUCUGGUUCUGCUUCCUCUACCAGUAACCUGAUGGCAGCAAGUUUGAAGAGGAGCAGGAUUGGAUUCACUUCGUCCAAGCUAGAAUUUCCAGUUCCCAAUGGGAUUGGUGUGUCAGACUUUGGGGAAUCAUUGAGGUUCCGAAAGGUCUUGCAAGGUCAAGAAAUUAUGGGCAUUAAUACUCCCUAUGACAGUAUUAAUGCUCAGAGUCCCCGGUUAUACGAGCUAGGGAGAUGUUAUCCCGGUUCAAACUGUUCCGGGAUUGCCGCAACAGGAAAUAUCAGAAUGCCACAAGCAUCUUCUGAUUUUCCCUGUAAUGGCAUAGGCUUUGGUGAAUCUUUCCGAUUCCAAAAGGUCUUGCAAGGUCAAGAAAUUCUUCCGUGUCCACCACCCUACGGUCGAUCCUCGUUUGACGAGUCCCGUGGAAAUGGUUUCCUUGGACGCUACGAUGGUUAUCAACUGCUCGGUUCAAGAAACGGAUGGCCAGCACAGAUGCAUGACAAUUCUUCACAUUUGCACGCGUCUGUUACAGCUGGACAAGUUUCAUCUCCAUCAUCUGUUUUAAUGUUCCAGCAGGCUGUUAAUCCAGUUUCAAACUCUCGUUAUGAUAAUCCUAAUCGCAGUCAGGGUUCAUACAUAUCUGAACUGAAAAAUGGAAUGUUCGCAUCUUCCUUACUCGACAAGCCUAUUCAGGAAAGCACAAAUUCUCUCGGCGUACAGAAUUUUCUUAAUAACAAUCAGUUGGAUAUUUCAAGGUCUCGUGAUUCAGCCUCGGCACUAAGAGGCAAUCAAGAUAUGAAUUCGACAUAUAAAAGUGGCUGCAGACUCUUUGGAUUUUCAUUAACCGACGACACAUAUGUUGCAAAUAAAGAAGCUGCUGUUGCCUCUACCAUCACUUCUCAAUUCAAUAAGGACUACGAAGGCGGUUGAGAGUAACCGAGUAACCGUACCAAAGUGUAUUGCAGUAUUGAACUAAGGAAUCAUCUGAUAGCAGAAGAACUUGUGCUGGUUAAGUGCUUUUGUUGUAUAAGUAUUAAUAACUUUGGAUUUCAUGAAACUUGUGUAAUAUGUAUUUUAAAGUGUUAAUGACUUAGUUAAAGUGCUUGUGUAUGUGUAUGAAACUUAUUUGUGUACUCUUUAUGAUCCAAAGAGAUGCAUUGCAUUGUAUUGUGUAAAACUAUAAUGGUAAACUUAUGGCUAUUUAUGCACAAUAAGUUGUGAUAUUAUGAUAGAAUCA